AAAACAUCAACUUGUCAAACAAACACGAAAAAUGGACACAGCUAUAGCUACAUUAGUUCCCGAUAAUGUUUUAGAAGUUAUAUUUUCGUUUUUAACUUUACAUGACCUCCGAAAUUGUUCUCUUGUGUGUAAACGGUGGUAUAGUUUCCUAAACGAUGAAAAUAAUGACGUGUGGCGUUUACAUUGUGUUAGAAAACUUGCAGAAGAAGCACUUAAAUCGGACCUUUUAAGUUCUGUGCCCACUUAUAAAGCAAAAUUGAGAGCUUUUCAUCACGCUUGGAAUCCUAAUGAUUGUUCUAGAAAUAUUUAUAUAAAGCCUAAUGGUUUUACGUUACAUCGAAAUCCCGUAGCUCAAAGUACGGAUGCCUCAAGGGGUAAAAUAGGCUUCAGACAUGGUAGACAUGCUUGGGAAGUGAUUUGGGAAGGGCCUCUAGGUACAGUAGCUGUUAUAGGCAUUGCUACAAAAGAUGCACCUCUUCAAUGUCAUGGUUAUGUAGCUUUAUUAGGUUCAGAUGAUCAAAGUUGGGGUUGGAAUUUAGUAGAUAAUCAUUUAUUACACAAUGGGGAUGCACAAGGAAAUUACCCUAUGCUAAACAACGCUCCAAAAUAUCAGGUUGGAGAAAGAAUAAGAGUAAUACUUGAUUGUGAUGAUAAUACUCUUUCUUUCGAGAAGAAUUAUGAAUUUUUGGGUGUUGCUUUUAGAGGACUCCCAGAUAAAAAGUUGUAUCCCACUGUAUCUGCUGUAUAUGGUAAUACGGAAGUUUCUAUGGUGUACCUCGGUCCACCUCUGGAUGGCUAACAUACUCUCGGAUAAAAUUAGCGAAUCAAUUAAAAGAAAAACAAAAAUAAUAACCAAGGAAAUUGGAGAGAGAAUUUUAAACGUCUGUUUUAAAGAUGGUUCAAUUCAGGUUAGUCCGGUAUGCCCAAUGUGAUAAUUACAAACACAUUUAUAACCAUUGUUCAUUAUUUUGUAUAUAAUGUUUGUUUCGGAAUUUUAUGUUUGAAUUUUUGUUAAAUAUUUACGUACAUUAAGCUGUGGGGGACAUUUUGGGAAGCACGUUCCGGGUCUAAUUUGGAAAAGAACUUGUGGUAGCCAACUGGCUACAUAUCUUGAAAGCCAGACAAGCUAUGAGACACGAAGUAAGUGGCAUAUUUUGUUUCUUUAAGAAGGCUUUAUCGAAAAUUCCGAAACACAACCCUACACGUCGAACUCACUCUAGGGGCUACUUGUAGAAUUAAAUCACGGUAGAUUAUUGUAUUGAGCUUAGAAGCAAGUUCAAAGUUAAGUAGAUCUCGGGGUGGUUAUCAAGGACAAAGAUGACGAGGGAGGAAAUUUGAAAGCAGAAUGACGAGAGGAAGUAGACAGUGGCUAGAACAACAAAAUCAAUUAUACCGAACAAAUUAUGAGCUAGGUCCGGAACGUGCGCACCAAAAUGACCCCAGCAGCUUAAUAUAAGUCAAAUAUUUAAUUAGUUAAUUAGGGAAUCGCCGAUCUGGAAACUCUUGAUUCAAAAUUUGAAAUAUGACCCGCUGUAAUGGUCCUGUAUUUUUAUUAUUUUUAAUUUAUUAAAGAAAUGGGUAAAACUUUAGAUUAUGAACCGUCGAUUUAUAGUGAUUUGUGCACAGGGGUAGGAGGGGAGUAGCAAUGGAGGCCCUACUCUGAAGGUGUAAAUUACUACCAACCAAUAUAAAUUGCAAACGGAGUUUUUUGCACAUCCGGAAGGAGCUGCACUGUGGUGGAGCCCUAAGGAUCAAUCCUAGGCCCUGUCUUGUGGAACAUAAUGUACAAUGAAGUCUUGAGAAUUGGUUACGGAGCGAAGGUCAUGGCUAUUGCAUCAAUACCACACUUAAUACAACUUGAAAUUCAAUGUUUAUAAAUUGAUGAUAUUAUUGGUAUAUAUCUUGAAUAAUUAUAGAUGAUUGUAAGGCUUUUCUCAUUAAUCUAUACACUUUAGACACUGUUUCUUAGGUUCUUAAUUUAUUUAAACACUAUACACUACACUAACCUUUAAUAAUUCACUUAUCACCAUUACUUAACCAACUUAUUUAAAUUCUUCGAUUAUUUUCUAUUUUGGUCUGUUCACUACGACUAUUUAUUAUAAACUGAACUAAACUGCGCUACAUAAACUCCUUACAUAUCCCAAAAUAAUUCUCAAAAGAUCUAGAAAAAUAUAGAAACAAAACAAAAUAAAUGAAUAGACCUUCCUAGAAAUUAUUUAAAAGAAACAAUAUAAAUAAACCGUCUGCUAUAAUUAAAGCUUCAAAAAAACAUCAAAUGAAUUUCUGGUAUUUUAUUCACCGAAUUUUAGAAUUCCACUAUAUCUAAGCAGGGCCGGCUCCAGGGCGGAGAUGAGUUCAUAACAAAAUGAAAAUUUGCUGGUGUUUAUUCAAAAAUAUGUAAUCAUUACUUUUUAUAUUUUGAUAUUGGAAACAAAUUUUACAAAAAAUUCCAAUCUUCUCCUCUGUUUGUAAUAGUUUCACAUCCCUAAUUCUUUCUAAAAAGUCUAUUGUAGGUAAUAGUGAUCGUAAUAUUACAAAAUAUGCAAUAAAAAAUAUUUGCAAUAUUUAGUAAUGUAAAUUUGUAAAAAGUCUGAUAGUUUUAGAAGUUUUGAAAAAAGUUUGAGAAAAUCGCACCCUUAAAUCAGUUCAAUUUAGCACUAAAUUGAUUUUUAAAUUAUGACGUUACCCUGAUGUCCCCAAUUUUUUUAAUUAACCUGUUAUUUUCAUAUAUUUAUAUUUGAUACUGUGUCAUUAACUUGAUAUUUUCAAUAUACAACUUCAAUUGAAAUUAACAAACUGUUAUUACAUUAUAUGGUCCUUCGAGCCGGAUAUAACACACAUAUCCGGCUCGAAGGACCAGAUGGUGGUAGUAAACAGUUUGUACAGAGAUAGAAAUAGCUAAUUCUCUAUCUGCCUAAAACACCGUUUUUUCUUGCAUUUAAUAAUACCAAGAGUUGCCUUCGUCGGUGUAUAUAUCUAUUUUUUAUUAUUAUCAUCAAUUUUUUUAUAAGUUCUGUGAUAAUUUUCAUUUUAAAAAUGGGAAACAUCAUUUUCAUUGCAAUAAACUAUAAGUAUAAAUAAUAUUUUGUGUAAAUGGGUGAAUACUACUUACAAUUAUAUAAAAACGUCACAAUUUGUGAAACAUGUUUUCGAUCAAGGGGUCUCGUCAGCACAUAGAAUUCUAAUCUGAGCAGAAGACGACAGGUUAUUUGGUACUUAUAAGCAAUCAAGUACCAAUAAAUAGUGAAUUUGUUGUAUAUAUACCUGAUGGAAUCAAAUAACAGUUGUUGUUGUGUCUUUUUCUACUUAGAUUAGAUAGACUUAGAGACUUCAAAGUCUGCCAUUGUUUUUACCAAAUAUUCACAGGAAAUUUUUGUUGCUCCGAAAGUUUAAUAUGAUUUUUUAAAGUGUAUUAACCCAUAUACAAUUUUUUUAUGAUUUUAUUUCGUUUUUUACGCCCUUUGGACGGAAAAAAAUUGUUUUUGGCGAAAAAGUUUGAGAGAAAAUCACGGAAAAUCGCAGAACUAGCGGAAGCGAAAAUAUCCGUUCACGCGGCUUAUGAUAAAACUAAAAAUUAUUUAUAUGAAAAAAAUUCCUAACCUCAAAAUCUUUGUCUUCUUCAACGGCCAUCUUGGAAACGCUUAUACCACUCGUAAAUUCUUGUUUUACUCAUAGCAGACUCGCCAUAGAUAUUCCACAUACUCGGUACGAGAGCUGGCCCCCCAAGUAUGAGGAUGAGCAGUAAUUCUGAAUGGGACGAUGUCAUAAAAAAGAGGAAGAAGGAAAAUAAUUUAUUAUGCAAAUAUUAGGGCGGGCAAUUAUCACUAACUACCGUAUUUUCUGGGGUUAAUGAACUUUUUUGUUAUCCAAAGUCGUCCAAAGGGCUUACUAUUCUUAUAUUUGCGUUUGCAAAAUUAAAGCAUAUUUCAUAAAA